GAUUGGCUUUUCACCCGAAAAGAUGCAAAGGCUGAUGUAGCAUGGGGUGUGGAGAUGGGAGGCUGUGAAAGGGCGGGUCCAAGAAAUGAAAAAAACAAGAAGAAGGAAAGUGUCAGACUGAAGGAAGCAAAGGCACUGCAUGACCAAUGUGAUCUGCUCCUGUGCAAUAUUAUCAAAGAAGGAAAUGGAAGCUAUCAUGUUGAUACACUAGCAGCCAGCAACAAGCUUUUUCUCUCAGGUUUUGUCACCUCAGCAUCAACAAUGGAGGCACUUCUUCUGAUCAACCUAGGGGAAGAAUUUUCCAUUAUUUGGAAUUUGGAGAAUGCUGAGUUACCAACACAAAUCCCUCAACUACCAAAAAUUAUUGAUUGUUGUUCAUUGAUGUUAAAGAUGAAAAAUCUUGGCAGACGCGAAGUAUCUGUUUAUACUCAACUCAUGCGACAUGCAAGCAAACAUAAACACGACGGACCACGUAUCAAACCUAAAACACGCCGUUCCGAGUACCUCACACCGAAAAAGAAGACUCAAAAUCAGAUGGCUUGCAAUGAAUUACUCAUAAUAUAUUUCAACAUGUAUAAAUGGUCCACCUCAUCUGAGCUUCAGAAAAGCGCUUCUAAUACGCGUGAUAGCCAAACAGUUGACCCACAGAACGAGGACGUCCCUGAGUUUAGCCUUCGUCUUUUUUUGAUUAAAAAGUCAAGUUCAGCCCGAAGGGGCGAGUCUAAAGACUCAUUAAUAAAAAGUAAUGCAAAUGCACAGAGUGCACAGCACAGGCGUCACCCGAUAAAUCAUCUGCUUCAUCCCCAACCACACAGCCAAAUAGUACAAGUAAAUUUUCUAUUUGUUCCGUAG